GCCGAUCGAUCAGUGCGCGCACAUGCCCAGCAAGCGCUCUCGCUCAGAGCCGCCGAGCGGAUCCUCCGAGGGCGAGAACCGGUCCUCCGUCCGCCGCUCCUCGCGCGAGCGCGCCGCGGUGCAGCGCUACGUCGCCGGCCCGGCGCACGGCGACAGCUACAGCUUUGAGACUGCGCGCUUCCACAUCGUGCCACCAAACGGGUGGCACCGCUUCCUGUGGAAGAUGGGCUGCUCGGCGCUAAACACGCUCAAGUACAAUGGCGAGCUUCCGCCGCCCGUCGCGCCCUGCCCCUGCUGGCUGCUGCCUUCAUCCGACGAGAUGGCGGUCCGCAUCGCAGAGAUCCAGCCGCAGCUCGCCGCGGCCGGCUGGCGGACCCUCACAUGCGACGCUGCUCUCGUCUCGCGCCUCUCAAACAAGCAGCGGCUGCGCGAGCACGCCGAGGAGCUCGGGCUGCUCAAGCACUUGCCGGCGCACUACCCCGCGCUGCAGGGCGCAGCCUACCCCGCCGUGCUCAAGGGGGCGGAAGGCAACCACGGCAGCAACGUCCACAUCGUCCACUCUCCCGAGGAGGCGCUCGAGAUAGUGCCGGGCGGCCUCGACGACGAGUGGCUGUUGCAAGAGCUCAUCCCCGGCCAGGUCGAGUACUCCGUCUCGCUCCUCGUCGACGACGGCAAGCUGCUCGACAACAUCGAGACUGCGUACGAGUACGACCGCCCCGAGUACGUCUGGCCGAACGUCGAGGAGCUCUCGCGCUCGAGUCAAGGGAGCGUGCCUCCGCGCUUCCUCGCCGUGAUGGAGUCCUUCCUCCCCGGCUUCUCGGGCAUCUGCAACUUCAACUACAAGGUCCGAAAGACGACGGGCGAGAUCUGCAUCUUCGAGAUCAACACGCGCGUCGGUGCCGACCUUGCGUGCGAUGUGCCUCGGCCGCGCGCGCGCGCACUCUUCGAGAAGCUGGCCUCGCUCGGCGCGCUGCAGCCGUCGGCGCGGCCGCAGGC